UGCCCAAGGAACGUGUAAAUAAUGUCGGUUACUAGGCUGUCAAGUUGAGAAUUUUCCGUAAAAAAUGAGGUCCAAAUGGCUCUAAAUCAAACCAAGCGUGAGUGUAUGCUCACUCUUAGCUUACAGACACAUCCACUGUACUGACCCACGCUGUAUUAGAUAUUUCUACAUUUAGAAGAUGACCAGCCUUGAUGAUCUGGUGGCUGGUGACGCCAUUGCGGCUGCGAUGCAAACCAACAAAUACACAGCAAGUUUCUUUGAGAAAUAUGACACCUACGACACCUACGAGCUGAUAGCAUGCACGCACUCGCACUGGUUCCUGUCCAGUGAAGACCUGAAGGUCAGCGUAGAAAUGCCCCUGGGUUUGGUCAAGAAGAUGGUCCCUCUGGGCCAGAACGAAAACCAGUGCUUGUUCCUCCUCCCCGAGGAUGACAUGGAGGGCUGUGACCCGCUGGAUUUCCGGGAACUUCACCAAAUUAUCCGUGAAAUGACCAUUGGCAUGUACGUGUUCGGUCAGCUGCCGUCUAUUUCUCUGGAGGCAAAUUUCGACCAGAGCACCUCGUGUCAGCUGCCCCAGGCUUACGUGGACACCCGUCUUGGACAGGUGCUGAUUAAUAUUGACUACAUGAUGAAGGCGCUAUGGCACGGAGUCUACUUCCCCAAGGAGAAAAGGACAAAGUUUUCUGAGAAGUGGAGAAAAAGUUUGGAUGUGAAUUCCCAAGGGAAACCUGAAACGAAGAAGCCCUUUAUUACAGAGUUCACCAGUGCAGGCAUGUUGGACAUCACUAAAGAUCCCGACUACUCCAAGGCCUACGAAGACAUGCCAGAGGAAGACCAAAAUAACGUCACUGUCAUGGAGGAUAAACGUUUCUUCAUGAGUCAUGUAGACGAUAUCCUGAUGCAGAUGACUGGCUAUCAGAACAAGGUCUAUCAGGACCGCUGCACUUUCCUCAUCGACGCAGACUGGUCCGUCAGCAGUGUGAUUAAGUUGGCGGAAGACGUGCUGGACCACGAUGGCUACAUGCGUCUUAAAUCGCGGCUGCGGAACCAGCAGAUCGUGAUAAAGCAGUCCCUGGGGAAUAAAAUUGAGAUUAAGCGUCAGCUCAAGUUGCUCAAGUUUAUCAGCUUCAUGGUGCCAUUUUUGUGUGCAAUGCGGAAAAGGAUGAAGAUUCCUGACCUGACCCGACUACUGCCCAACAUGACAGGUGAUGAGGUUAGGACUGAGAGAGAACUCCCCCCUCUUAUACUUACUAAUGACUACAAGUGCAAGAACUUUGGUUUCCAUAAUCAGUAUUUCCACCUUCAUGGAGGUGUACAGUUUGCGUACGAGACGUCCAAUCCAGAGCCGCUGCCAUCCGCCAUCCAGCAGGAGACGCAGGCGCUCAUGGAUGCCGCCAUUGCUCACAAUAAUAAAAUCCUUGACCCAGAUGUUCCUGUGACAGACUUUUAUCCCAUACCCAUUAAGGAGAUUGAUGGGAAAAGGUACUACGUCUUUGCUCUGGACUUCGAAACCUUUCACCCUGUCCCGCCUCAGAAGCCGAAAUGGGUCAACGUGAUGUCGGAGAAAAUCCGUGACUUGAAAAUGAAGCGUCCUCCAAUGUCUGAGCACCAGGUGUUUGAGUACUUCAAGAAGUAUUUUGGUUAUAAAAAGGCAAUGAAGUGUAAGACCCCCCAGGUUGGUUUACGAGAGGCUGCCAGACGAGGGUUGGUGGCUGCCUUCCACGGUCUUCUCCGGCGUUGUCCCAUCCCUCGGCUGUCAAAACCUGACGACCAGGGAUUUUAUCUAGCGCACCACGCCGCCAUGUUUAAUAACCCUCAUGUCCUCGGCUGGAUGAUUAUACAGCAGCUUGAUGUUACACAGAAAAGGUUCGAUAACUUCGCCUCUGUAGGUAAGUGUUGGAUAGUUCUAUGUCCUCUAACUUGGGGAAUAUAUUCAAACUGUCACUUUAUUAGAAUACCUGUAUCAGUUAUUUUGGAAUACUUGCCCUUUUCAGGUCCUACUCCCCUCCAUCUUGCAGCCCGUUGCGGCUCCCUGGACACUGCGGCAUGCCUGAUGAGUAUGCCGUUCAGUAACCCUCUCAUCCAUGACAGCAUUGGCUGGGCGCCUGUGCAUCACGCCGCGUUCUUUGAUAACGCCCCUGUGUUACAACUGAUGAUCAGGAGGCAGCCGGCUCUGCUGGAGUUACCCACCAAAAAUGAUCUCAGAUCCCCUCCCUUGCUGCUGGCGGCAGGUGCUGGGGCGCUGGACUGCGUGAUAUGUCUGAUCAACCUCCAAGCUAAGAUCACAGCCUGUGACUCCAACAAGAACAACAUGGUUCACCUGGCCACCCUCAAACUACACACACACGUCCUGGAGUGGCUGAUCAAGUGGGACAACAAGGAACUGCCCGUCUGGGACUUACUCGUAGGAAUGAUGAAGAACGAGGACAUCAAGAAGAAGGACAGUGCUGUGAAGUGUAUGGAAACUCUGUCUACUUCAGAUCCCUUACACUGGCAGUCAGUACUUAAGGCAGGUGGUGUUUCUGCCCUGGUGGAAUUGCUCAAACUCGACAACGAAGAAAUCCAGGCCGUUGCUGCGGCUACAUUAUGCAACAUAUCAGAACACGAACCAAUCAGGCAUGCUCUCACAACUGCUCAAGCUGGACCAAUCCUCAUCAAGCUCUUAUCCUCCCCUGUGGAUGACAUCCAAUCCCGUGCUGCGAUAAUAUUAUCAGACUUGGCGUGUGUCGAUAACAACCAGGACUCCAUAACGGACCAAGGAGGCAUUCAGCCAUUGGUCAAUUUAUUGGACUCAGUGCUUGAGGAUGUGUUGGUGAACGCAGUGAACGCGAUCCGUGUGAUGUGCACAAAUAAUAACACCAACCAGUCGUGUGUGGCGGAGUGCGGAGGCAUUGAGCCACUGGUGGAGUUCCUGACUGUCAACUCAGAUAUUCUUCAAGCUGCGGCAUCAGCCGCCAUUGCAGCUCUUUGCCGUGGACAUCGUAAGAACCAGGAUGCAGUAGUGGCAGAGGGCGCAGUCAGGCCAUUGGUCAACCUGAUUAAGGGGCGUGGCAACAUCACAGUGCAGGUCAAGGCCGCGGCCGCAGUGGAGGCGUUGGCUGAGAACAACCCUCCCAGUCAACAUGCUUUUCUGGAGCUGGAGUGUCCUAAAGUACUCACCAAGUUCUUUAAGGUGUGGUCAGUAUCAGUGAAGGAACAGGGGGCCACAGCACUGUGGGCGUUAGCUGGGCACACCCACAGACAGCAGAAGUUUAUAGCAGAGAGGAUAGGUGUUCAUCAACUCAUUGAGAUGUUGUUGUCUGGGUCUGAGAAGUUACAGUUUGUAGGUUGCCGAGCUGUGAUUGCCUUGAGCAGAGAAAACAUGGACAACCAGAGCAAGAUGACCAAUGAAGGCGGCAUCUCACCCCUGGUCAGAUUGCUGCGGUCAAACAACACCACAGAGAGGGUGCUGAGACAGGUCAUUGAGACCCUGGGAACACUGUGUGUGGGCGUUGCCCACAGAAACAACAAACUGGUGCAGAAGAAGAUAGCAGAAGAAAACGGCAUCAGUAUCCUUGUGAAGCUCCUGGUGAAGCCUCCGUCUCCAGACAUCCAGGUGGAGGUGGCCAACACGCUGGGAUGUAUUGUGCUGUGUAACACGGAGAACCAGGAACUGCUGAAGGCAGAGACGGAUUUCAAGUUCAACUUGCUGCUGGAUUUGCUGGUGUCCAAGAAAAUGAAUAUCCGCCUGAAGGCAGGCAUGGCUCUGGCUGUGUUUGCAUUUAACAACACCCCACAGCAGUAUAACAUCAGAGAGGCAGGAGGCAUCAAGUACAGCUGCUUUAAAGAUCUGCUGGAGAGUGACAAGGAGGACUGGCAGGCAUUUGCUGCAUUCCAGAUUGUGGUUCUGGCCAGAGUGAUAGUGGACAUAGACCAGGUGACGCUGACCGCUAGAGGAGUGACCACACUGGUCAGACUGCUGGGGUCACAUGAACACAACACGGUCAUUCUGGCAGGCAGCUUCAUGGCCAGUCUUGCCCACACUCGCGCAGGGAUCCCAGACGCCAUGAUCACCUCUGGCGCCAUCAACCAUCUCCUGGAGCACCUGUUCUCUGACAGCGAAGAGGUCCGUUCGGCCGUUGCCUGUGCUCUGGGGUACCUCUCCUUCAACAAGACAGCAGCGAGGGCGCUACUUGUGGCCUGCAGGAACCGCCCCAAGUAUUACGACCUGCUCAUGGACAAUAUUGGGCUGAAUCCAAAGAUCAGCGCUGACUUUGUGGAUGAUUUUAAGCGAGCUAAGCUGGUUGGACUGCCAUCGCAGAGCCUGGAAAUUAAUGGAGGGCCUCCCAUUAUUCCUCACAACAUUGUGAGAGAUGGAAACAGACCUUACACCACCCACAGCUUCCGUCGCCCUCCCCCAAGUUCCCCGCCAUCAUCAGUAGGACGCGCCAAAUCCGCACCCGCGCUUCGCAACAGGACCUCGGCCCUUUCGGCAGCGCAAGAUGGAAAAUCAUUUUUAAGUAAGCGUAGUGGCUCUCCAGUCUCUCCAGAGAGAUCUUCCAAAGCAGUGGGCGCCAUGAAAACAUCCAUUGGUGCCUGGAAAAAAUGACGACUGUUAAAAUUUUUGACAGUGUAAAUAUUUAAUGAAGACCGGGGAAAGAGACAGAUAAAAAAGAACAUUGUACAGGCUAUUUGUAUUAUUGUUGGUUUGCUGUGUGAGAGAUGAAGUUGGGCAGGGCUGUAAAGGAAUGGGGGGGGGGGGGGGGGAGUGGACUUGAACAUUCCCUGAUCAGAUGAAAAUGCUCAGACUUAGUCUUUUAGAUACUGGGGAGGGGGGAGAUUUUUGGGGGGGUAUAAGAUAUAAUUGCUGUGCUUGCUUUUUUCGAUGAAGUACAAAAAUAGAACAUAAGAAGUUUGAUUUUAUAGGGAAUAAAACAGCUGUGAUGGCCAUGGUCAGUUGUGGCAAAAAAGUUUUCCUUUCAUCAAAAUUAUAUUUAUAUGAUUAUCAUCAUCAUAUACAUGUAUUAUAUUAUAUGUGUAAGGAGCAUUGACAAUGAACCAUUUUAUGACUUUGAAAUACAAUCCAAUUUCCUCAGAGAAAGUAGGCUCCAGUUUUCCUACAUGUGUGUGUAUAUAUAUUCCUGGCACUCUUUACUGUACCCCGGGGUAAAUAGAGAAGACUGUACACCUAGGCUAUGAGAAACGACUCGAGAACAAGAUGCUGUUUAUUUGCAGGCUUCUACUGUAGCGUAGUAAGCAUUAUGUAUCUUAUCAUUAACGUUAUAAUGGUGUCAACUUAUUCAAAGAGCGCAGCUUGGUGAAUUAUUUGUAAGUUAUUUAAUUUUAAAUUAUGUAUAUUUUCUAUUUUUAUUUUAUUGCAUUGUUUUUAUAUUUUGUUUGAAGAAGACUUCGACUGCUUUCCCAAAAAACUGAUGUAAAUAGGCGUAAUCUGACACAGGGUUUAUCUUUGUAUUGAAGCCUUAUAUUUUUAACAGAAAUGAUCAUUGCUCAGUUAGAAUAUUGUCAUAGCAGUUCUGUUGCUUUUUCAAGCUGUAUACUACGCUGCAUUAUACUGUAUAGCAUAUGCUAAACAGGCGACAGUUAAGUUUUUUUUUUUUUUUUAAUUUAUUUAUAUUUUACAAUAAUGUAUAUUUUGUGUGCUAUUGAGUAGCAAGCUUUAUUUUUAGAUGUGAUAUUAUGUAUGAAUACCAUCCAUUUUGUUAUAAUUUUUUAAAAUAUUAUCUUACGUAUGACAGGUUAUUAAAUACCCAAUGCGUUCUCCUCGAGAAUGUAAAGCCAACAAUGGAAAAAGAUGCUAAGCCGUCCAUGUUUGUUAAAGUAUAACUCAAUGAGAUAUUACAAUUUACGUAUAUAUUUACGAAGAACAGAAGACACAUUGCGUUUUAUUACAAUAAAGUGUUUCUUGUAA